GUGACCUCGGGGCAGGGGCGGGGAGAGAACCAGAGGGCGAAGUGGGAGGGAACAGGGGAGACUAAAAAGGCCCGGGAAGUUGGCCUGGCGGAAGUUCCCAGGCAGAAGGCAGCGCGUUGUACCCGAGAUUCAGGGUCUGGCUCUGCUUCCCAGGCUAGAGUGCAUUUGGCGCGAUCACAGCUCACUGCAGCCUCGACCUCCUGAGCUCAAGCGAACUUCCUGCCUCAGCCUCCUGAGCUUCCUGAGUAGCUGCGACUACUGGCACGUGCCACCAUGCCCGGUUAUUUUUGUAUUUUUUGUAGAGAGUGUCUCGCCAUGUUGCCCAGGCUGGUUUCGAACUCCUGGGCUCAAUCAGUCUGCCUGCCUCGGCCUCCCAAAGUGCUGGCAUUACAGGCCAACAGAAACUGAGACAGGGAAGAUGAACAACCAUCAUCCCCGGAAUGCUGUGAUUUGCCAUAACCAAGAAGUUACCUGUAGUCAACCACAGUCUGAAAAUAUUAAGGUAUUUUAAGACAGAAAGAGAGAGAGGAGAGAAACCGCAUUCACGAAUAUAUGUGGCUAGUAAAAUCAAGAAUUUUACAUCAAACAUUCUCAAGGCAUUGAGUGUGGAACCUUCUGAGAAUGAAAAGGGCAGAGAUGAGAUCUCCGUUUUUCAAAUUAAGUAAAAUUUAAAGAAAAAAGAAAUCCUCUUUUUAGAACAUCUCUUGGUGGUACCGUCAGAAAUGUCUUCCUUAAGUGGAAAAGUCCAAACCGUUUUGGGCCUUGUAGAGCCAAGCAAACUGGGCCGUACCCUGACCCAUGAACACUUGGCCAUGACCUUUGACUGCUGUUACUGUCCACCUCCCCCGUGCCAGGAAGCUAUUUCCAAAGAACCUAUCGUGAUGAAAAAUUUAUAUUGGAUUCAGAAAAACGCCUAUUCCCAUAAAGAAAACCUUCAAUUAAAUCAGGAGACAGAAGCCAUAAAGGAAGAACUGUUGUAUUUUAAAGCUAAUGGUGGAGGGGCUUUGGUGGAAAACACAACCACUGGGAUUAGCCGAGACACACAGACGUUGAAGAGGCUUGCAGAAGAGACUGGCGUCCAUAUCAUAUCCGGAGCCGGGUUUUAUGUGGAUGCAACUCACUCCUCAGAGACCAGGGCCAUGUCAGUGGAGCAGCUUACCGAUGUCCUUAUGAAUGAAAUUGUCCAUGGAGCUGAUGGAACCAGUAUCAAGUGUGGCGUUAUUGGAGAAAUUGGUUGCUCCUGGCCUUUGACUGAGAGUGAAAGAAAGGUUCUCCAGGCCACAGCUCAUGCCCAGGCUCAGCUUGGUUGUCCUGUUAUUAUCCAUCCUGGACGGAGCUCCAGGGCACCAUUUCAGAUUAUCCGAAUAUUGCAAGAAGCAGGUGCAGACAUCUCCAAAACAGUCAUGUCACACCUGGAUAGGACUAUACUUGAUAAGAAGGAGCUCUUGGAGUUUGCUCAACUUGGCUGCUACUUGGAAUAUGAUCUCUUUGGUACUGAACUACUUCAUUACCAACUCGGCCCAGAUAUUGACAUGCCUGAUGAUAACAAAAGAAUUAGAAGGGUGCGUCUCCUGGUGGAAGAGGGCUAUGAAGAUCGAAUUCUGGUAGCACAUGACAUACAUACGAAAACCCGGCUGAUGAAAUAUGGAGGUCACGGCUAUUCUCAUAUACUCACCAAUGUUGUUCCUAAAAUGUUGCUGAGAGGUAUAACUGAGAAUGUGCUUGAUAAGAUUCUAAUAGAGAACCCUAAGCAAUGGCUAACUUUCAAAUAGGAUGGUUGCUUAUGAAUUCACACCUUGAGUAUAAAACUUGCAGAGAACAUUCAGCGAUUUCCAGUCCACUGUGAGAUAUUAAUCAGUUACCUAGGACUAAUGACUGAUCAUUUCCUUCUGAUGAGAACUAGGAGGGUUUGCCUUCUCUGAGACCAGCUAUUACAACUGUGCCUCUAGGGAGUUACUCAGCCUAAUUGAGCCCUAUUAUUUUGCCUUAACAAAAUAAAUACAGAAGUACCUAUUUCUAAACAAUGAUUUAAAGUCUGUAUCCCCUAAGCAGAGUUGUUGUUUUUCUCCCUAAUCUGUCAGCUGCACUACUUGAGAAAAUUUAAAGUGUUUCUAGUUAAAUUAUUUCCUUCUUGAGCGAUCUAAUGUUUCUUGUAAUAUUGAUGAUCCUACUAAUUAUCCUGCUGUUCUUUAAUUAAUGCUUAAUGAAUAAUAUGGCACUGUAAAAUAGCUUCUGCAACAAGGGAAGUUAAAUUUUGAGACUUUUUUCCCCAAAGGAUACUGACUGUAAUACAAUUACCAAUUCACAAUGAUAAAAAUAUUUUGAAAGGUUAA